AUGCCCGGCCUACGGGUCCGCGUAGCGUCCAAGCGGCGCUGCCAGAUCGGCGAAGGCCCGCACUGGGACGAGAAGGCUCAAGCGCUGCUCUACGUGGACUGCUACGCCGGCUGCGUGAGCCGGCUUGACCCCGAGACCCACGAGGACAUCGACACCAUACAUUUCGAGGGCACAAUCCCAUUCGCAGUCCCUCUUGCUAACCACCACCACAAGAUUGUCAUCGGCCACAACCACUACGUGAAGCUGACGGACAUGAAGAAGCGUCACGAGGAGCUGAUUGCCAUGGUGGAGACCGAGAACGCGGGCACCCGGCUCAACGAUGCCAAGUGCGACGCCGCCGGAAGACUCUGGACGGGCACCAUGGCCAUCGACAAGAAGCCGAUGAACGUGGAGCCCGAGCAAGGUUCCAUGUACAGCAUCGAGAAGAAGCACAUUCGCAAGCACAUCGAGCGCAUCACGCUGCCCAACGGCAUCGCCUGGACGUGCGACAACAAAAAGAUGUUCUUCGUCGACUCGGUGCCCGGAAAGUUGUACGUCUACGACUUCGACCUCACCAAGGGAGAUAUCAGCAACCAGAAAGUGGUGGCAGACUUCAACCAUCCAAGCUUCGCCGAGCUCGCCUUCCCGGACGGCAUCACGAUUGACCAGACGGACAAACUGUGGGUCGCCUGCUACAACGGAGGUCACGUGGUCAAGAUAGACCCCGUCACCGGCGCCUUGGUGCAGAAGGUGAAGAUACCCACGCAGCUGGUGACUUCGCUGUGCUUCGGCGGCCCGCGCUACGAGGACCUCUUCGUCACUACGGGCUUCAUCGGGCUGACCCGCGACCAGCUGCAGAGUCAGCCAGACGCGGGCGCCAUCUUCAAAAUUUCCGGCAUACCGGGAACCAAGGGCCUGCCGCCCAACUGCUUCGCCAUGUAA